AUGUUCCAGUGGAUCAGGGACUUUUUUGCUGGCAACGCAUCUACAAACUGGAGACGCAAACGCGCUAGCAGGGGAUACCACAAAAAAGUACGGGCUCGUGAGCGCAAAUUGCAACGGACGUACAAUAACGAGGAUGUCGCGAGCCGAUAUUUCUACUUCGCUCCAAUGGGAAGCGAACAGCAACCGACGAGGGAAGAGAUCAGAAAAAUUCGCGGAAAGCGCUGA